AGCGCUACGCGCCCUUUACGUCGGGAGCCCUUGGAGCAGGCGCUUCCGGCCAUUCAUACGCCCGGCCGCUGUUCCUGCUCGCUGUAUUUGGUGCCCUUUCGGGUCGAGUGGGUGACGGCGCCGCUAGGAUGAAGCUCGUGAGAUUUUUGAUGAAAUUGAGUCAUGAAACUGUCACCAUUGAAUUGAAGAAUGGAACACAGGUCCAUGGAACAAUCACAGGCGUAGAUGUCAGCAUGAACACACAUCUGAAAGCGGUGAAGAUGACCCUGAAGAACAGAGAGCCGGUGCAGCUGGAAACCUUGAGCAUUCGCGGAAAUAACAUUCGCUACUUUAUCCUGCCAGACAGCUUGCCUCUGGACACGCUACUUGUGGAUGUUGAACCUAAGGUGAAAUCUAAGAAGAGGGAGGCUGUUGCCGGAAGAGGCCGGGGCCGGGGCCGAGGACGAGGACGUGGCCGUGGCAGAGGAAGAGGGGGCCCUCGGCGAUAAGCCUCUCCCAGGGACGGGUGCGGAAGUGAUUUGGGAUAUUUUUUGUACAGGUUUUGUUUGUCAGUUUUUAAUAAAGAUAAAUGUGGGACAGCAUUGUCUGUUCACUGUUACCAAGUUCAAGUUUUAGUAGUUUGCUAUGUGUGUGAAAUUAACACAGUGAAAGCAAAUCAGCUCCCCUUUUUUUUUCUUUUUGGUUUUCUUUUUCAGACAGGGUCUCGCUAUGCAGUUCAGCUUGGGCU